AUGUCUCGCCCGCAGAACUCCCCGAUCCUCGCGCAGCUGCGUGGCGCAAAGACCUUUCCCGAACAGACGGCCGCACUUCAGGCGCUCAAGAAUGAAAUCGUGGGACAUGUCCAGAGAAAGGAAGAGUGGGUGUCAGUGGGUGUGUUGGACCCCAUCGUGAGGUCUCUGGCGUCGACCAGGGCUCCUCUCAAGAUGAACGGCAAGGAUGCACAACAGUUGCCCACCAUGCGCCCACUCUCCGAGGAAGAUAGCGUUAAGCUGCAAGCUCUACAGCUUGUGAGCAGCUUUGCGAGUGGCGGCCCUGCUUUCCUACCGCCGCUCAACGCCGCCAUGGCCCUCCCCGCGAUUUUGAACAAUAUCUCGCCUGCUUCUGCCCCGACACAGAUCAUCGCCGCUGCCUUCAAAGCUCUCACAACUAUUGCUGAUGCAGCCUUGCUAGCAUCGCCGUCCUGCAAUUUUAGCGUCGAAGCCAUCGCCGAUCACGUCUUCAUCCCGCAGCACAUUGAAUCGCUCAGCACCAUCCUAGCUUCAUCAUCUGCCCAAGGAGCGGCUCUGCCGGUUUUAAAGCAGAACAAUCUCGCUAUGGGAAUAAUAUCUCGCCUGUGCCGCGAAGAGCGUCACCAACAAGCGCUUGCGGCUGGCGGCGUGUUGGACUUGCUGGCUACGCAACUCGCCAGCAUUGCUGUCCGCGAUGGCUUCGUCGUGCCGGGUGCGGAAGAGGCGGCUCGCAAAGACAUAAUCUCUGGAGCAUUCCCUGUAGCAGCGAAAAAGAGCGCCAAGAUUGGACCGAUUCUAGAGACCAUCAGUGCCAUCAUAGGGGAUUCCAAGUACCGUGCGACUCGCUUGGUCAAUUCGCCGUCUAUUCUAGCGGUGUUCCCUGCAAUAGAGGCCCGCCACUUUCCUCAGAAUGGAAUUAGCAGAAGUCAAGAUACGGACAACAACUCUGGAGUGGAACUUUUCAGACCUAAAUGGCUGACAGCCAUGGAAUACCUUCUUCCGGCUGUUGUCAUUCCACAGACACGAAGUGGCACAGCGACGCCAUUCUCCCAUUCCGACUAUGUUGAAUCAAAGACUAGUCGCAAAGGUAAGCCAGGCUUUAUGACAGAGACUGUUCGCUUCCACGUACCUGGGCACAACGGAGCGUACCCAGCCUCAGAUAUAGAAAGUCCUAUCAUUCCCUGGCUCGUUUAUUUGGUACGAUCGCUAGACGAAAGAGAACGCCUUGCCGCGCUGUCUGUUCUUGCUUCGCUCUUCAGAGCUGGUCUCUGUAUGACAAUUGCACGAGAAACGACUCUGGCUAUGUUGGUGGUUCCGAUACUCACCCACAGUAUCGAAAAAAACGAUAAAGAAAGCAAAGAGAUCAACGAGGUCGAAGGCAUUGACGACCCUAAGACUGCGAUUAGGCAUUUCGUGCUGGAGCAAGCCCCGGUCGUCCUCGCACGCCUCAUCACCGACUGCGAGUUCCUGCAGAAGGCGGCUUUCGACUGCGAUGCCGUCAAAGUACUCACAAAACUACUCAAGGGCACUUACCGGCCGCUUCCACAACUGGAACCCCAAUAUUGGUCAUCCCACGUCGAUGAAGGAAUGGAGAUAGAGGCCACGUCACCAACGUAUCGACUAGGCGACAGCGGCGUCCAUCCUGUCAUGGCUCACCGCAUUCGAACGCGCGAAGCUGCGCUCAAAGCAAUUGGGGCGAUUGCUGCAUGCAAAGAGGAUUACAGGAAAGCCCUGGUGCUCGAAGACUUUGUACCAUACAUAGUAGAGUCGCUCAGCGAGUUUCCUGGAAAACCUCGCCAACCCAAAGAUCGCAAGGACAAGGCCCCAGCCGAACCACCUCGUAGCAGCCCCGAUCCCGACUAUGGCACCAACCCCGUCGGUGUACUUGUUGCCGCCUGCUUCGUGGCUAGGAUGCUGUCGAGGUCUGUCCAUACGUCCCGGACCGCACUGAUUGACCACAACAUUGCAGCGCCUAUUCUCAAUGCCAUGAAGCACUCUGAUGUCCACCUGCAGAUUGCUGCGACUGCAACGGUCACUAACUUGGUCGUUUCUGUCAGCCCAUCGAAAGAGUACCUCACAGAGCAUGGGGUAAUGAAGGUUCUUUGCGAGCAUGCCCACUCCUUCAACCCCGCGCUUCGGCUAAACGCACUUUGGGGACUGAAGCACUUCGUCGAUGGGGUUUCGGCCAGCAUGAAGAAGACGUGCCUGGAACAACUAGAGCCUGGCUGGCUAAUUCAGCUAAUCAGUGAUCAAGAGCAGGAUGAAGACAUGUACGCAUCGAGAAUGGGAGAUGACCUGGAUGAGGAAAUGGAUGGUGAGCAGCCGUCCGGCCCACCACGUUGGCUAUACGCAGCCGACGGCUCUAUCUGCUUUUUAGAUGCGUCGGAAUCUUCCAAGCUUCGUCAAAUUGAGGACUAUUUAUCCUCCAUCCGCGAAUCUGAAAGCAACCCGAGCCCAAAGGCGCGCAACGAUAUUGUCGCAGUCCAGGAGCAAGGCGUUGAUUUUAUCCGCAACCUCAUCGGAAGAGUCGACGGAGUUACUGGAGCAGACUCGUCCACUGAGAACCCUGAAGUCAUCGACUAUCUAUUUAAGUCAUUGGGGCAGGACCGUCUGUUCGAUAUCUUGGCCACCAAGCUGCGCGCCAGGGUUAUUCAUCCUUUCUCGCGGAACACACGGUCUGCGGGUCGCGAAACCAAAAUUGUGCAUCCAAAUGCGCGCAUUGUCGCUGUCGUGAUUUACAUUUUGACUCACAUUGCGGCAACCGGCCCGCGCUACUGCCAGCUCGUCAUGUCGCAGACGGAGCUCCUCAAACUCCUGGUGCAGCAGGCCAGCAACAAGGACUGCGAAGUGCGCCUAGCAUUGUGCCGUCUGCUCUACAAUCUGACGACCAAGGACAAUGGGGCGGAUUCGCAAGCAUGCGCGCAGCGGGCCGCAGAGCUCAGGCGUCUUGGCUUUUCUUCCAAGAUUGAGACUUUGAUGAAGCAGGAUAGGGACCUGAAUGUCCGAGAGAACGCUAGGAUGGCCGCUUGGCUCAUUGACAACCCUGCCAGUUGA